AUGUCGUUCAAAUUCAACUAUGGGCAUCUUGGAUGCGACGGCGUAAAAAGGGUCAUAGUGACAGCUCCCAGUAUAGACGUCCCUAUGGUCAUCCUUGGAGUCAAUGACACAAAAAUUAAGCCAGAGUACAAAGUGAUAUCCUGUGGAUCUAGCACGCUGUAUUGUUUAGCACCAAUUGUGAAGGUUCUCGAAGAUAACUAUGGCGUGGAAGAAGGUUUCAUAACCAGCAUACAUGCUAUGACGCCGUCCCUCAAGCCUUUGGACGGGUUAUGUCUUAGGGGAAAGCACUGGCGCGACCACAGAAGUAUAACUCAAAACAUAAUACCAGCGGUGACGGGCGCAUGCAAGGCGUUAGGUCGGAUCAUACCAGCGGUCAGAGACAAGAUGUGCGGGCUCGCCUUUCGAGUGCCCAUCGUCAAUGUCUCUGUGCUCGAUCUCACUGUCAGCAUGCAGCUCAAACCUAACUCCUACAAACUCAUAUGCUGGUAUGAGAACGAAUACUCUUACGCUUGUCGAGUGGUAGAUUUGAUUAUCUUCUCAGAAGCUCAAUUCAACCAGCAAAACAAAAAUAAAACCACAUAUGUCAGACCGAAAACGUCGAAAAAACAAGAUGGCAUCCAACAGACGGAAAGUGUUAAAGACGCGCCCCGCAAAGACACUGCUGAAGUAAAAACAAAAGAUGUCCCUGAUAUAAAAUCCCGCAUGGAAAAGCCAUUGCCUCGACCUGUGCUUAUGAAGAAACCUGUCAUCACUCAGAACCCACUUCCAUUGUUUCAACACGAUGCCGACAGAAGGAUAUACAAUAAAGCCUCACCAACCAUCGCUGCGUGUGACUGUUCGAAAGCGCAAGAACGUUUAGAGAAAGUUAAAAAAGAAUUUUCUAAAAUGGUUGGCAUUACUGAACAUUUACUGAGAAAAUCGAAUAAUAGUAAAUUGAGUUUGGCCACGCUGCAACAGGAAGCAGAUGAUGUACUGGAUAGAGCAAGAAUCUACGAGAUAAAAACAGACAAAAAAGAAUCUAAUCAAUUAGAAAAGAUACAUAAAAACAAACCUCUGGAUGCUUCAAUGUGCGACGCAAAGGGAGACGGCGAAACGAACACAUAG